UAUUUGUGUAUUUUCAAGGUGACAGAUUUGUUUGAAGGCAAAUAGGUGUCGCUCAUCGCCGCCGCACAAGCGCACAGUGAUCCCUGUGUGUGAGUCACGGUUCAGCGCCACAUGUUGAAGAAAUGCCUGUCUCUCCCCCAGAGAGUGCUGUCGUCACCGGUCAGCUCGGGAAGCGGGACCUACCUCGGAGGCUCCGCACUUCAGCCGCGGAGAAGCUGAGAGGAGCCCGGGCCAUUGACACAGGCUCUCUCCGAAGAUGUGAAGAGCAGCACCGCGUCCCCCUCACUUUCCAGCACCGGAGGAGACAUUUUUAAAUUUUUAUUUUAUAUUUUAGUUAAAGCAGUCUGCUGCAGCGCUUUUUAUAUUUACGUGCUUCCCUUCUUUUCUUCCCCCCUUUCUUUUUUCAAUUUUUGGCAUUAUGAGCGGUCGCUAUGGCAGUUCUGUCCACAUCCGGGCUACGAUGCUUUGACUCCAUUAUUGUCUAAAACUGGCGGAGAGGUUCAUUAAACCUUAUUAUUAUUUUUUUCUACAUCCAACGACACGUUUUUAGUAAGCGCAGUGAAGGCUCGGAUCAAGAGGAGAUGUCUAACCAAGGAGUCCGGCGGAAUGGCCCCGUCAAACUGAGAUUAACAGUCCUGUGCGCCAAAAACCUGGCAAAGAAAGACUUCUUCCGGCUCCCCGAUCCAUUUGCCAAGGUUGUCGUGGACGGUUCAGGCCAGUGCCACUCCACAGACACUGUGAGGAAUACCCUUGACCCCAAGUGGAACCAACACUACGAUCUGUACAUCGGGAAAUCGGAUUCAAUCACCAUCAGCGUGUGGAAUCACAAGAAGAUUCAUAAGAAGCAAGGGGCUGGGUUCCUGGGCUGUGUCCGCCUUCUGUCUAAUGCCAUCAACCGCCUUAAAGACACAGGCUACCAGAGGCUAGACUUGAACAAGCUGAGCCCCAACGACAGUGACACGAUCCGAGGGCAGAUUGUAGUCAGCCUGCAGUCGAGGGACCGCAUCGGCACCGGAGGCCCCGUGGUGGACUGCAGUCGGCUGUUCGACAACGAUCUUCCAGAUGGCUGGGAGGAGAGGAGGACGGCGUCUGGACGGAUCCAGUACUUGAACCACAUCACACGCACCACGCAGUGGGAGAGGCCGACCAGGCCCGCGUCGGAGUACUCCAGCCCUGGACGGCCGCUCAGCUGCAUCGUAGACGAGAACACGCCUGUUAGCACGAACGGCGCCACGCCCACCACCGCGUUGCCUCCGAGCGACGGCAACCAGCGAGCUCAGGAGAGGCGGGUGCGGUCGCAGCGGCACCGCAACUAUAUGAGCAGAACCCACCUGCACAUGCACCCGGACCUUCCUGAGGGAUACGAGCAAAGGACAACGCAGCAAGGUCAAGUUUACUUCCUCCACACUCAGACGGGUGUCAGCACAUGGCAUGACCCCAGAGUACCCAGAGACCUGAGCAAUGUGAACUGUGAGGAACUCGGUCCGCUGCCGCCAGGAUGGGAGAUCCGCAACACCGCCACGGGGAGGGUCUACUUUGUCGACCACAACAACCGAACCACGCAGUUCACCGACCCGCGCCUCUCCGCUAACCUGCAUCUGGUCCUAAAUCCCAGUUCCAACGGUUCUCGAGGAGGCAGCGAGAGUCAAAACGUCAGCCGUCAGAACCAGACGAAGGAGCAGGUCCAGCAGGCCCUGGUGUCCCCGGGCCAGCUCCCAGAAGAGUCCGAGUGCCUCACUGUGCCCAAGUACAAGCGAGACCUGGUCCAGAAGCUGAAGAUCCUGCGCCAGGAGCUGUCCCAGCAGCAGCCUCAGGCUGGCCACUGUCGCAUCGAGGUGUCCCGCGAGGAGAUCUUUGAGGAGUCAUAUCGGCAGGUGAUGAAGAUGAGGCCGAAGGACCUGUGGAAGAGGCUGAUGGUGAAGUUCAGGGGUGAAGAAGGCCUCGACUACGGAGGAGUGGCCAGGGAGUGGCUCUACCUGCUGUCGCACGAGAUGCUGAACCCGUACUACGGCCUGUUCCAGUACUCCCGCGACGACAUCUACACGCUGCAGAUCAACCCGGACUCCGCCGUGAAUCCUGAGCAUUUGUCGUACUUCCACUUCGUAGGGCGCAUCAUGGGGAUGGCUGUGUUCCACGGCCAUUACAUCGACGGCGGCUUCACCCUCCCGUUCUACAAGCAGCUGCUGGGUAAACCCAUCAUCCUGGACGACAUGGAGUCCGUCGACCCAGACCUGCACAACAGUCUGGUUUGGAUUCUGGACAACGACAUCACGGGUGUGCUGGACCACACCUUCUGCGUGGAGCACAACGCGUACGGCGAGAUCAUCCAGCACGAGCUCAAACCCAACGGCAAGAGCAUCCCCGUCUCCCAGGACAACAAGAAGGAGUACGUCCGCCUCUACGUCAACUGGCGCUUCCUGCGGGGCAUCGAGGCGCAGUUCCUGGCGCUGCAGAAAGGCUUCAACGAGGUCAUCCCCCAACACCUGCUCAAGGCCUUCGAUGAGAAGGAGCUGGAGCUGAUUGUGUGCGGCCUGGGGAAGAUCGACAUCAACGACUGGAAGUCCAACACGCGGCUGAAGCACUGCACGCCGGACACCAGCAUCGUUAAGUGGUUCUGGAAGGCCGUGGAGUCGUUCGACGAGGAGCGUCGGGCUCGACUGCUGCAGUUCGUCACCGGAUCCUCCAGGGUUCCCCUGCAGGGGUUCAAGGCCCUUCAAGGCGCUGCAGGGCCACGACUCUUCACUAUACACCAGAUCGAUGCCAGCACCAACAACCUGCCCAAAGCACACACCUGUUUCAACCGAAUCGACAUUCCUCCCUACGAAACCUACGACAAAUUGUACGACAAGUUGCUCACUGCCAUCGAGGAGACGUGCGGCUUCGCCGUGGAGUGAACGGUCGACCCCUGCAGGACUCGGCAACGACCAGAAGCUACGGGGGGGUUCGACCUCGGCAAACCACCGACUCCACAGCGAGGCGUUCAGUCCGGGAAGGAUUCAUCCUCUGACAUGUAGCCAAACUAAAAGACGGGAAGAACACCAGAAAAAAGCCUUCUUCCCUUAAUAUCACAUUUUUUAAAUAAUUGAAAAGGAUAUUUCCAGCUGCUAAUGACUCUAUUUACUAACUUGUGGAACUUCCGAUUUUGCUGGCUCUUUCUUUUUUUAUUUCAGCAUUUAGAAACAGAUUUUAUUCCAUGUAGCAAUUCGUCAUUUUACCCAGCAGAAAGCGACAAAAAUCACAUUUAUAAACGACUGAUUUUGUUUGCCGCAAGCAAGGAUUUAUUUAUUUUUAAAAAUUUUUUUUUUUUUUUUUUUACAAGCAUUCGACGGUCGCAGGUCACAGGUAACCGGAGCCUCCGAGCGACUGCGCCGGGGGCCCGUCAGCGUUGCCACGGAGGCGACCUGUGAGCAAAAGAGGAAGGGAAGGUCACAUAUUGAGCUGCAACCGACUGUUUACAACCUCCUCCAAAGACAGAAGCGGGGGGCCUGGGCACCCUGAAAUCCUGAUCCGCACAUUUCAAGAGCUAGUUGUGUUUGAAAACGAGUAAAUGAAUGAAUUGCCUGAAAUGUGAUUUUCUUUUUUGUUUUUUGUUUUUGUUUUGUAUAACAUUGGGGCUUUAGGGCGGGGAUAAAAGAGAAACAAUUAAAUUCUAUGUAAUAUAUAUAAUUUAUUGUUAUUCUUCCAGAAACUCUUUUUUCUUUUUUUGUUCACCGUUUCUGUGAAGAAAAAAAAAAGAUUUGAGAUUUUUCCCUAUAUUUUUUUUUUCCCCCCUUUUGUUUGUUUGCUUAAAUUAUGGGAGACAGUUUAUGGAAGCUUGACUGAAUUUCAUGGAAGUGUGUGCUGUGGUUAAUUUGGACAGAAUCUCUACUACCUACAUUGGGAGAAAGUCGUCCUAAAGGAAAAAAAACAAAACAAAAACAAAAAACUGCCAUAAUCAUUUCUGAAAAUCAACAAACUUUUUGCAAACUAUUUUUGCUGACCCUUUAAAAUCUACCCAUUCUUUUAUUGCUGUUCUAAUCAUUUCCACCGACCGACGAUCGGAGUUUCGUAUCGUUUGUAGCUGGACUAUAUUCACUCAACUGACGGUGAUCUGAAACGUAUUGAACGAUUUGACUGAUGGUCUCAGAAGAGCGCAGAGUUCAUCGUUAUCCGCUUUGUGCUGCCUCCGUGUUACACGAAAAGAAGAAACCUCUACUACCUUUCAGCCAUGUGGUGCUAAAUAGCAUUUACUUUUGAUAUAUAUACAUAUAGAAAUAUAUAUUCGCAGACCUGCUCACUGACAUACUACUGCUUAAAGUGCACAUCACUCUACUCAUGCGUAUGCCUGUGUUGUGGCCCACAAGAGCUCUUAUUGGCCACAUUCUCAGGAGCUGCCGUAUGUAGUUUGUAAUAUUUAAAACUAAUGCUGGCCAUUUGUCUUGACUUUCUCAAUGUUCGAAGAUUUAAAACAAAAUGUCUUUUGCAUUCGUACUUUCACAGCAGACGAGUAACAUUUUUCAUAAGCAGUUUAUUUUUUUUUUUUUUCAUUUUUGCAUGUGUCCGUUUGCGCUUUGGCUUGAAAGUCCGACUGAAUGAGACAAACUCAAAUGAAUUAUUCGGCCAUGUCUAAGACGGGGAUUUGUUCGGUUUAUCGUUUUCACGGUUGAAAUGUAAAAUUCUUUAAUGUCUUUUUUUUCUUCUUCUUCUUCUUUUCUCAAAGAUGCUGCCUGUUGAGCAAUCUCUUAAGACCGUGGACUGUUCUUAUCAUUUGCAUACACUUGAAAAAAAGAAGAAAAAAACUUUCACAAACGUUUGCAAAGUGAAAAAAGUGUCCUCAGAUGGUGCUUUGUACAGUAAUAAGAUGUUGUUCAUAUAUGUGGAUCAAACAAAGUGUAAUUUAUCUUUAACUUAAGUAGAAUUUCUUUGGUUUUGUUUCGUUUAAUUACGAUCUGCAAAGAGGAAUUGCACACAAACAAGAUGGCGUUGCUGUGAGUAUUUAAUGCAGCGUUUAUUAAUUCACCUUUAAAAAAAAAAAAGUCCAGCGCCAAAGCUGAUCCCGGCUGCUUUCAUGGCGAGGCAGCGCCCCUUUUAAUAAUAAAAAAAAAAAAGGGUCAAAAUUAUGAGAGACUUUUUUCUUUUCUUCCCCAAACAGCAUGAUCCACUAGCAGGACUAUAUUUCUCAUAGCCGACUGAUGCAAUUUUAUGUAUGUUAACACUAUCAUUUUGUAAGAGUAUCUUAUUUUUGUGUGUAAUUAGUUUGAAUUAAACUUGCCUUUGUCUAACAACGUAAGGCCUUGUACAACAACACGUCCU